AUGGGAACCCGCAUUCAGGCAGAGAACUUGGAGGAGGCAGACUACCGUGGGGAUCGGUUCAAGGACUUCAGCGAGAAGGAUGCCAACGGCAUCCCGGUCUCCCUGAAGGGCAACAACGACCUGCUCAUCUUCAGCAAGCCAGACAUGAUCAAGGACAUCCACAAGGAGUACUUUGCGGCUGGCUCAGACAUCUGCGAGACCAACACCUUCAACGGCACGGCCAUCUCGCAGGGCGAGUACAAGAUGCAGGCCGUUGUGCAUGAGAUGAACAAGGUGGGAGCACAGCUGGCGAAGAAGGCAGCAGCCGAGGUGACGAAGGAGGAGCCGCACAAGCCCCGAUUCGUGGCAGGCGCAGUUGGGCCCACCAGCCGCACCCUGAGCGUGUCGCCAAGUGUGGAGGAUCCAUCCUUCCGCAACGUGACCUGGGACGAGCUUGUGGAGUCCUACAAGCAGCAGGUGAGCGGUCUCGUGGACGGCGGCGUCGACCUGCUGAUGAUUGAGACUGUUUUCGACACACAGAACUGCAAGGCUGCCAUCUUUGCAGUGGACCAGUACUUCAUCGAGUCGAAGAAGGAGCGGCUGCCGGUGAUGCUUAGCGCCACGAUCGUGGACAACAGUGGCCGCACGCUGUCUGGUCAGACCAUCGAGGCCUUCUACGUCAGUGUGAAGCAUGCGCAGCCCUUCACGGUUGGAAUUAACUGUGCCCUGGGUGCGGCUCAGAUGAAGGGCUUCUACAAGAAGCUGUGCGACAUGAACUCAGCCUGGUGCCAUGUCUACCCCAAUGCUGGCCUGCCCAAUGCCAUGGGCGGCUAUGACGAGGAUCCAGAGAUCUUCUCCAGCAACAUCCUGGACUACGCCAAGGAUGGCAUCCUGAACUUCGUCGGCGGUUGCUGCGGCACCUUCCCUUCCCACAUUGCGGCUGUGUGCAAGAAGGUGCAGGAUUGCCCAGUGCGCAAGCUGCCAGGGCUUCCCAAGUACCCCAGCAUGAUGUUGUCUGGCCUGGAGCCUUGCCACGUGACGGCUGAGGCAGGCUUCCAGUGGGUCGGCGAGCGAUGCAACUUGAUGGGCUCAGCCAAAUUCAAGAAGCUGGUGGAUGCCUACAAGUGGGAUGAGGCUAUGGAGGUUUGCAUUGCCCAGUGUGAGAAGAAGGCGGACAUUCUCGAUUUCAACUUCGACUCGGACCUUAUCGAUGGGCAAUCGGCCAUGAGCAAGUUCAUGAGGCUCUGCGUCACAGAGCCAGCCGUUGCCAAGCUGCCCUUCAUGAUCGACUCCUCCAAGUGGCCCGUGGUCGAAGAGGGCCUCAAAUGCGUGCAGGGCAAGUGCAUCGUGAAUUCGAUUUCACUGAAGGUCGGCGAGGAAGAGUUUCUUCGUCAGGCGAAGCUUUGCAUGCGCUAUGGUGCAGCGGUGGUUAUCAUGGCCUUCGAUGAGCAGGGUCAGGCGGCCACCUUCGAGGACAAGGUUCGCAUCUGCCAGCGCAGCUACAGGUGCCUGCGCGAGAACAUUGACUUCCCGCCAGAGGACAUUAUCUUCGAUUGCAACGUCUUGACCAUCGCCACCGGACUGCCGGAGCACAACUCCUACGCCGUCGACUUCAUCAAUGCCGUGGCGGAGAUCAAGCGCACCUGCCCAUGCGUCUCCUUCUCUGGAGGCUUGAGCAACCUGUCUUUCUCCUUCCGCGGCCUGAACUCCCUUCGGGAUGCCAUGCACAGCGUGUUCCUCUACCACGCAGUGCCCAAGGGUCUGAACAUGUCCAUCGUGAACCCGGGAGGUGAUCCUGAACCAGUCGAGCGCUUCCUGGAGUACGCCGAGGCAGUUCGCAAGCCUGCCCCGGCUGCGGGUGGUGCUGCGGGUGGCGCUCCCGCCAAGGAUGCCUGGCGAAGCGGCACAUUCACAGAGCGUCUGCACUAUGGGCUGAUCAACGGUAUCGACAAGUUCAUUGAGGGGGAUACCGAGGAGGCCCGGGCAGAACUGAAAAUCCCGCUGAAAGUCAUCGAGGGGCCGUUGAUGGAAGGCAUGGGCAUCAUCGGCGACCUUUUCGGAUCCGGAAAGAUGUUCUUGCCGCAGGUCAUCAAGAGCGCACGAGUCAUGAAGAAGGCCGUGGCGUACCUGACCCCCUUCAUGGACGACGAAAGGCGUGCAGCCGCCCUGGCUGCCGGCGAGGACCCUGAUCAGCCCAAGUACAACGGCGUUGUGCUGAUGGCCAGCCCUGCAACGGUGAAGGGAGAUGUGCACGACAUUGGCAAGAACAUCGUGGGAGUUGUCCUGGGCUGCAACAACUUCAAGGUGAUUGACAUGGGCGUGAUGGUGCCCUGCGAAAAUAUCCUGGAAAAGGCCGUCCAGGAGAAGGUGGAUGUCGUAGGACUUUCCGGGUCUGCCUCUGAGUCUUCUGGUGAUGCCAGGCAUUCGGGAAUAUGCGGUUUGGCGUUGAGGCUCAUCACACCUUCCUUGGACGAGAUGGUUUACGUUGCUGUCCGCGCCUCGAAUGCGGAGCUGCCGGAGCAAGUUACGAUUUGCUACACGCCGCCUCGUUGUCUCACUCCGAGAGAAUUUCAGGAGCAGAUGAAGGCUCGCGGCAUGAAGGUGCCGUUGAUGGUCGGUGGCGCCACCACAUCGAAGCGGCACACGGUGGGGCGCCCCAAGAGCAGAAAGCACCUUUAUCCCGGCACGAUCAACGGCGGCAAGGCGGUGAAGAUCACGACCAAGUACGACAACGGCGUGAUUCACGCGCAGUCCAAGAAGCCUGAGCUGGAUUGGGGCAAGCUGCCGCCGAAGCCGUCAUGCUGGCACUUUUGCUUAGUGAAGCAAGGAAAGCAAGCUGCUGGAGCAAGUGAGGACCACCCCAUCGAUGAAAUCAUGGAAUACAUCGACUGGACUCCCUUCUUCCAGGUGUACCAGCUUCGCGGCAAGUACCCCAAUCGCGACUACCCUCACAUCUUCAAGGAUGAGCGCGUGGGCCCUGAAGCAAAGAAGCUCUUUCAAGAGGCGAAGGACAUGUUGGCGCGAGCCUCUGCUUUGUUGUUCUUGCAGAUGACCGCAAUCUGCCUCCAAUCUACCUUCACUGCUGUGCUGAAGGCCUGGAUUGUCAAAGAGGGCUUGCUGAAGUGCUCAGGCGUCGUGGGAAUCCAUCCGGCCAAUGCGGUCGGUGAUGACAUCGAGGUCUACACGAGCGAGGACCGUGACACCGUGAAGUGCAAGUUCUACGGGCUGCGCCAGCAGUUGGACAUGGGCGAGUCCACAUACUGGUGCCAGGGUGACUUCAUUGCCCCGAAGGGCUACUCCGACUACAUCUCCGCUUUUGCCUGCACGGGCGGCAUCGGAUGCCACGAGCAACGCCAGAAAUUCGAGGAGAAGGGCGAGAUUGAUCAGGCAAUCCUCCUGGAGGCCGUGGCAGACCGGCUUGCGGAGGCCUUCGCCGAGCUGAUCCAUCUGAAGAUCCGAACCACGCUGUGGGGCUUUUCGCCUGAUGAGAAGCUGUCCUUGGAGGACAUGCUGAAGGUGAAAUACCAGGGCAUUCGCCCUGCCCCGGGUUAUCCUUCCCAGCCCGACCACAGAGAGAAGAAGACUCUGUGGGACCUUCUGGAGGUGGACAGGCUGACAGAUGAGAAGCUGUCCCUGACCGAGUCCUACAUGAUGAUGCCAAGCGCCUCUGUGUCGGCUCUGGUCUUCGCACACCCGGAGGCCGGCGAUCCGGCACUGCGAAGAUUGAAGAUCGCGCCUUUCAAAGAGCAAUGCUGUCAGCGUGCUUCGCAUUUGCCAUCGCAGGCCAAGUACUUCUCUGUUGGCCAGGUCAACGUUGAUCAGGUGCAGCCUGGGCCUUGGCGCGGCUGA